AUGUCGUGCAUUUCCUUGUCUGGCUCCACGGCCUGCCCGGCCUUUGACUCGGCCUCAAUAUCGACAAGCACCACGCUGGUGAACCUGUAUCCCUUUCUCUCGUCCGUUUCCGACCGUGCAUCCUUUGAUUCACAGCUUCAAACCUACGUCCAGACAAGCUAUGUAGAGUCCAAGUACGAGAACUUGUUAGGCUGUGAUAAUAUCGAUCUCACAAACACCACCGAGCUCUAUGCUCGUUUUACGACAUCAGUCAUUUGCAAUGGCAUAAUUCAAAACUCGGUCGACGACUGCGGACUUAGUGGUGAUGCCGCACGAGCUCUGUGUGCCGACUCCUGCGCACAAUUUGCCGAGAGCGAAGCUUACGUCGUCUCGGAUUCUGACCUGUGCUUGAAUCCCAAUGACGAUACAACAACCCAGAUCCGUGCGGACUUCACCAAUUGUGCCUUGCCGGCCAAUUCUCUUUCGAGUUCCCAGUGUAUUACGGGCAGCUCCAACGAGCCAGACAAUUGCGGAUAUGGCAACAGCACCUUUGGCCUGUGCACCUAUUGCGCUUCAGGCGGCAUCAACUCGACAGACACUUGUUGCUACAAUUCCGACGCUGAAAGCCUUUGUGCAAAUGUUUCUCUGCCCAACAUCACAGGCUCAGUCACCUUAAUUACAUCGACAGCAACUGCCACUGCUGCCGCCGCAGCAGCCAAGAGCGGGCUAUCUGGGGGAGCUAUUGCAGGCAUUGUGAUUGGAUCAGUGGCAGCACUUGCUUUGCUUGGUCUUUUGGCAUUCUUUUGCUUGAGACAGGCAGCAAGACGGAAGGAAGCCAAGAGCCAGUCGAAUAGCAUAUUCAACCGACCAUCACCCUCGAGAGGCGGACAGCCUGCUGUGGCACAAGUUCCAUCAAGUGCCGCUGCUGCCCCUACAGGUUAUGAGGUCCUCCCUGGCGGCCGCAUAGCACGCAUGUCAGCACUGGAAGGACACUCUGGAGAAUCGCCCCCUCGCCAUGAGCCCACAAGCAAGGGUGCCAUGGCAGCUGGUGCUGCUGCCGGCUAUAUGGCCGGCCAUAGAAGACGCGACAACCAUUCAUCCUCUGAUGAGUUUGGUUCCAGUCCCUCUUCUGGUGGUGGAAGUCACCGCGCCGGCAUACUACGACCACCUCCAACCAUGUUGCGACGCCAGGGCUCCUUGUCCAGCAAUUCGAUGCUGGCAGGUGACGAUGUACAGUCUCCCAGUAGUGCCGGAGGCAUGUCUUCGCCCAAUGUGGGAAGUCAGCAGUCGGAGCAAUUGCCAUUCUUCAAGGACUACUACUCACAGGACGAUAUUCACCCAGGUGACCGUGUCUCUGUCCUUUGGGCUUACCAACCCCGGGCUCCAGAUGAGUUUGCCCUGGACCGUGGUGAUAUGCUAAAAGUUGUGGGUAUCUGGGAUGAUGGUUGGGCUACAGGCGUCCUCGUGGAUGAGCGCGCCGAUGAAUGGGAGGCUCGCAAGCAGUCGCAGAGAGACAGCGGUGUGUCCAACGCAUCUGGUCGGGAUCGAGACACGUCUCCCCCCGCCAGUGGUGAUAUCAAGGCUUUCCCGUUGGUGUGCGUCUGCCUUCCUGAGCACUGGCGAAAGACAAUUGAGGGUGAUGGAUCUACGGAGAGUGGAUCGAGUGCACACCUCGGCCACCAUAUAUGA